AUGUUGGUCUCUCUCUCUGCAAUCGUUGCCGUCUGGGCCGGUGGUCUCGCCCUCGAGGUGACGGCUAGCCCCCUCUCCUAUUCUGGCCGAAAAAAGCGUGCAAUUCCUGCAUCGCACAGUCUCCACGAGCGCCACCUGCCCUCGUGGGAGCAUCAAUGGUCCAAGAAGUCAAGAGUCCCGGAUACGCAGAUUCUCCCCGUGCGCAUCGGCCUGAAGCAGAGCAACCUCGAGGCUGGGCAUGACAAGCUCAUGGAAAUCUCUACUCCAGGAACUGAGACCUACGGCAAACACAUGACUGCGGAAGAGAUCAUCGAGUUCUUUGCUCCUCACCAAUCCUCUACUGAAGUCGUUUCGGAGUGGCUCCUUUCGUCUGGGAUCAGUUCUGACCGAAUUGGCGUAUCUACCAACCGACAGUGGAUUCAAUUCGACGCAAACGCUGCUGAAGUAGAGACCCUUCUCUUCGCCGAGUUCUACCUUUGGGAACACCGCUCAGGUGUUCAUGAUAUCUCCACCAAAGAGUACCACGUGCCUACUCACGUUCGAGAGCACAUUGACUACGUGACUCCCGGAACAAGACUUCGGGAGAGGAAGAUCACGGCCGGUGAAGGUAACGAGGUUUUCAAGCGUUUCGAGAGUACUGUUAGCGCCAGACCACUCGUCACGAAACUUCCUGGAUUCCCUAACCCCAACUCAAGUGUUUGCGACAUUUACGUGACUGCCCCGUGCACUCAAGUUCAAUAUGAGAUGUGCAAUGCUACCAAGGCCUCACCUGGCAACAAGCUAGGAAUCUUCGAGUCUCUUGAUGUACACUAUAGCAAGAAAGAUCUUGAUAUUUACUACAGCUCUCUCUACCCUAACAUUCCCAACGGCACUUACCCUGAGGAACGUCUGAUUGAUGGUGCGAUUGGAGCGACCGAAGACUCUACAAUCUUUGUCCCAAUCGACCUCGAGUCUGGCCUCGAUUUCAACUCAGCCCAGCCUUUGAUCUAUCCCCAAGAGCUUGUUCUGUUUCAAGUCGACGAUGAGUACUAUGAAUCAACGGGUAACUUCAGUGGCUUCUGGAACACUUUCCUUGAUGCUAUAGAUGGUAGUUACUGUACUUACAGUGCCUAUGGUGAGACUGGAGACUGUACAGAAGAAGCCUGCAGAGACCCCUCUUACCCUAAUCUCAACCCCGGGGGAUACACUGGUCAGCUUCAGUGCGGUGUAUAUAAGCCAACAAACGUGAUCUCCAUCUCAUAUGGUGCAACCGAAGCAGAUCUUCCAGACUUCUAUCUCAAGCGCCAAUGCAAUGAGUGGAUGAAACUUGCUCUUCAAGGUGUGACUGUCGUCAUGUCUUCCGGUGACGCGGGGGUAGGGGGGAGCAUCUGCAACGGCUAUUCUGGUCGGAUCUUCGAUCCCGACUUCGCAUCCACAUGCCCCUACGUUCUUUCUGUCGGCAGUACUGAAUGGGAUCGUUUUAACGCCUCUGUGAAUCCCACUCCUGGACAAAAACUCCACGAAGUCGCCACCAAAAGAUUUCCCAGCGGCGGUGGGUUCUCCAACGUCUUCGGAAUUCCUAGCUACCAGCGUACCGCUGUUCAGGCCUACUGGGACCAAAAAGAGAGUUCCCUGGGCUUCCGUGGAUACCAUCACCACGUCGAGAACGGAAACUUCAGCAGCGUCACGGGAGGUCUCUAUCACCAUGGGGGACGCGGGUACCCAGAUGUUGGAGCUGUCGGUGAUAGACAGGUCGUGUACUCAAACGGGUCAUGGUGGCUGGUCGGCGGUACUUCGCUCUCGGCUCCCGUCUGGGGUGCAGUUCUCAAUUUAAUCAACGAGGAGAGAAUUGCUGCUGGCAAGGGAACGGUUGGAUUUAUCCACCCUAUCUUGUACCAGCAUCCCGAGGUUUUCACAGAUAUCACAGUGGGUAGCAACCCUGGAUGUGGGUCAGCAGGUUUUCCGACAGCAGAGGGAUGGGACCCAGUGACUGGACUCGGCUCGCCCAUCUUCCCAAAGUUGCUAGAACUUCUCAUGAGCAUUUAA